GUUGGAUGUUUGGAGUUGGACACCGAAAUCCUUGAAAGGAAAGGACGACCAGGAGACGAACGCGAGCUCUCAAGAAAGGACAAGUGGACAGACGUGAAUUCGCGCAGUCUUAUGUAAUUAGCGUUCAUCGUGCAACUAUAGGCAAACUGAGCGAUGAGUGGACGUAAUGUUCUGAAUGAUAUUAAUCACAAGGUGGUUUACAAUCAGGAAACGGUGGAAGGCGUUCCAUGCCCAUACAACUGCAACGAUGGGCAAUCAAAGAUUGUCGUCAAGCAGUUCUCUGAAAAAUCGGCGCAUGUUCGCUGCAGCAAUUUGCAGUGCGCUUAUUUACCAACAGUGAUCACCAGGCCCACCAUGCCAUAUGAAGAGAUGGCUAAAAAAAUUGAGACUGUUUGGGAGAGAAAAGCCUUUGAAGAACUCCAGAAGGAACACAGAAAUGAAUUAGCUUUGGUUGAUCUUCCCAAAAUAUCUAGAGCUCUGGACAAAAGAGAUGCUGAAGCUUGUCCUGAACUUGCAAGCAUUUUUCUCAUUGAUGUGGGAGAGGCCUGCAACAAUGGCGAGCUAUCUCCUGUGAAGAGGAAACCAAUUAUCAUUCCACAAGCAGAUGAAGUGGUUUUGGUUGUUCCGAGAGACCCAAUUGCUGAUCCAGAAAAUGCUGACAAGUCGCCUGAGAAACUGCUGGUGAAAAUAAAUUAUGUUGACAGCACACCUGCUGCCGAUUGUCCUCCACUUGACGGUGAUUUGAUGGUCAUACAAGGAGCGGAUACAAGUGCUAAUUAAGCCAAAAGGCAGUAUGGAAGAAAGCAAAGGCAAGAACAAAAUAAUGAAAAAGGCAAACAGAUCUUGCCAAGGAACAUGCCUAAGCCCAUGCACUUUCAGAUGCCAAGCUCUGGACCCAAACGGCAAAUAUCAAAGCAGAAGAACAGUAAUUUUGGCACAACUCCUGUUAUUGACACUCUCCCUCCUUUCCUGUAUUCCAGAGUCAUGUCAAAGAAAGGUGGUAGGAUGGAUGAUUUGUCUGUGAGCAGUUUUGAUGAUCUGAGCAUGUUCAAGCCAGGCUCGUCCUUGACUGAUGUGGUGAGAGAGAAUCCGCCUGUUUACUAUGGCCCAAAGAACAGCCGAGGCCGCCGUGCAAGCAUUCAUCAAGAAUAUAAUGAGCUGGUUGAGCCCAAGAUCAAUUACCAGCUCUCAUUGCCAGCUGGAAUGGCCCAGAGCUUGCUCAAUACCUCCCAGCAAAGCAAAGUUUUGGUCCAGCCAGCUUUUCCGCCUAUGCAAAUACUGCUUGACAGAAGUGCUUUGGGCAAGUUCAAGGAUGUGCCUCCUGGCCUUGGCCUGCAGGAGCAACGGAUGGGUGAUUUCACUGCAAGGCCUGCAAGAUGCCGAGGAAGGCCCCAAAAAAUGAAAUAUGGUGAAAGAGUAAACUACAAAAAAAAUAUUCCUGACAAAGGAUCUGAGGAGGAGUCAGCAGAAGAAGAGGAAGUUUCUAAAGUUAAAAAGAGGAAGACAGGCAGACCUAAGAAGGGGACUGCUAGGAGGUCUAGUUACAAAGGCAAAAAGAAGGCCAUCAGCAUGCAGGACGUUCCUGAACUGGUCGAGUCUGAGAAGGAGGAAGAGGAAAGCAUGGAAGAGGAACAAGUUGCUAUUCCCGAAUAAGCACUUACAACAUUCGGCCCUUGAUAUAUAGUAACUUUCAAAGUUUUGUCUGAAUAUUGGAUUCUUUAGUACAAUUAAGUGAAUGGAAAUAACUUGCAAAACAAAUAGGAUAACUUUAGAAAUAUUGAAAUGCGAUUUGUAAGUACCAUUCUUUAUGCAGUGAAUUCUAAUGAAAUAAA